AAUAUAAAAGGAGGGGGUCAUCUGGGGAGGUGUUGAGAUGGGGGCUUAACCCGACUCUCGAGUCGACUGGGUUCUGCCACUGCCACUCUGAGAAGGUGGUGAGGUGCAAAAACCUCGACCAUAUUCCGGUAAUAGCCAGCAAAAAGCUCUCUUUCUUUGGCAAGAUUUGGAAGGAAAAGGCGGGUGCUCGAUUUUUUUUCUGUAGAUUGGCCCGAGGAUUGCGAAGAGAGGCAGGGAGGAAAAGUUUAUAGCGCUUUUUUCUGUAGAUUAGCCCGAGGAUUGCGAAGAGAGGCAGGGAGAAAAAAGUUUGUAGCGCUUUCGCUUUCGGAGGGAGAUGGAGGUGCAGAUCGCAACGACGACCCAGUUCCACUUUCGCCACGCUUGCUGCGCACAGACGUUCGCCUCUGCAAUCUCCUUGUUCGAGCAGAGGGGGAGGUCGCCUUCUUGCUCAUCAUCUGCCUCCUGCUCCAGGAGGAGGCACGGAGGGGAGAAAGCGGGCCUGGCAUGCCGAGGAUUGGGACGGUCUUCUCUGUUCGGGACUCCGGCCAGCUUGUCGAGAUCACGGUCGUGCGAUAAACCCAGGAGCGGGAGCAAACCUCUGAGAAGGGCAUGCAGCGCCGGGCUAGAGAGCUUCUCGGAGGAGGAAUUCAUGAAGAACCUUCAGGAAUUAGCCCUCAACUUCCAGCUCUCCGAGGAUGGCGCCGGCGGUGCGGAGGCGGAGUCCAUCUCCUCGGGAUCAGGAGUGAGCGACGCAGAGGAAGCCCCUACCUCCAGCCUAAACCCCUCCCACAAUUCGAAGAUCGACGCCUCGGUGGCUCCCCCGUGGAUGGAGUUCCGGCCGUUGAACUGGCCCCAACGGGAGGAAAUCGUCGUCCGGGCGAGCAUUGAGCGGAAGGCUGGUAGCAUCGAGAUGCCCAUGUCCCUGCGGAUGCUCAAGAAGAAAAAGAGCCAGAGACACCAGGGAGGGGCGGGCAAGGAGUCAGGAUAUUGCUCGGUGAAGAAGGCCUUCUCCUCCAUGGUCUUCAUGAUUAGGGAGCUACAGAACUACACUCUGCACAUCCGGCAGCUCCUCUUCUACGAAGAUCUCCGAGGCGUCCUGGUGAACGUGCAGAGGGAGGUCCAUGCUUCCUUCGUGUGGCUUUUCCAGCAGGUCUUCUCCUGCACCCCUACCCUCAUGGUCUACGUGAUGAUCCUCCUUGCCAACUUCACCGUCUACUCCAUGGGCCACAAUACGGCCCUGGCCGCGCCGGCUCCGCCUCCUGUUGUGGCAUCCACCAUCGUUUCAGUCGCUGCGCCUGCUUCAGAGAACAAGACCCCCAAAUUCGACGUCAUGUCUUUCUCCUCAUCGUCAGGGAAGACACUCUCUGUUGGCGGAGGCUCUGGUGGUGGAACAAGGAAAUCGCCGCCAGUGGCGGGAGGGACUGAGGGCGGCGACGGCCGGCUCGAGCGAGAGCUUCUCUUUGACGCUUCCACUUUGUUGUCGACCGGCGGCAACUCGACGACGACGUCUGGCCGGGGAGAGGCUACAAAGGAGGAUGAGUGGUCUGUGUGGGGUUCGUUCGUGGAGGAAGCAGCGAGGAUGCAAGCGGAGUCCAGAGGGGAGGCUCUGGACCACGAGACGGUGCGAGAGCUCGUCUCGCCGGUGGUCGCGGACAUUGAGCCAGACGACCCGACGACCUACUUCCGGACGCAGCUCGUUUACCAGAAGGCCAUCGAGGAGGACCCCGACAAUCCUCUGCUCCUUUCCAACUACGCCCAGUUCCUCUACGUCGUCGUUCAUGACCACGAUAGAGCGGAAGAAUAUUUCCAGAGAGCUGUCCGAGCGCAACCUCCUGAUGCAGAGGCUCUCAGCCGUUACGCCAAUUUCCUGUGGUUGGCUCGCAAGGACAUCACAGCGGCGGAAGAAACGUUCUUGGAAGCCAUUGCUGCAGACCCUGGCAACACUUUCUACGCUGGGAAUUACGCUCAUUUCUUGUGGAACACCGGCGGCGAAGAUACUUGCUAUCCACUCGAUGAAGCGUAGAAAAAUCUCAAGUUGGUCAUUGAGAGAAAAGGGAAAAAGGGGAGGAAGAGGAAGGAUGCAAUUUUAAUGGGGAGGGAACUCGUUCUGUUACUUCUUCCUGGACGGAUGCCAACAGAGCGACAUGGCAGUUAAUGGCAUCUCUGUAAAUCACUUUAUUACCUAGAGAGGGGUUUGCUUUUGCGCCUGAAGUAAUACGAAUCUACACCACGCUUUGCUGCAGCGUUCUGUAUCUUCCUUUGUUACAGUUACCUUGCAGUGCUGACAGAGAGGUUGGAUACAUGGUCCUCCAGUCUCAUAGGUGGACAUCCUUUCCUUCCUAACAUACUAACCAACUGUAAUUACUGCUUGUAAAUCAUCAAUGGAGGCUCUUUCUUGUCAUUGUUGAAUUCAAUUCAAGAAGGUUUUGAUGAAGUUCCUUAUA